AUGGAACAUAAAAGAGAAGACAAACAGCCUGAAAGAGAGCUGACCCAGCUGGAGCUGCGUCUACAAGAGCAGGAAGCAGCUGCCAGAGAGAAUGUCAUCGAAACUGAGAUCAUUACAGAGAAAACCAUAAAAGUCAACAUGCAGAAUCUGGACUCUAAAAUCUUGAUCACGUCUCUCUGCAUUUUACACGUCUUCACGUUCUGUGAAGGGCGUCCCCUGAGAAAAAGGACGGUGAGUGAGAUCCAGCUCAUGCACAACAUCGGGGAGCUCCAGCAGGUGCAGGAGCGUCGGGAUUGGCUGCAGAUGAGGCUCCGGGGCAUCCACACCGCUCCGGGCAGGGGCAGCAGCGAGGAGGCGAGCCGGUUGAGGAGAAGACCGCGUCCCCAAGAGCUGCCCGACCUGAGCGACCUGACACCAGAGGAGAUCCAGUACGCUUUGAAGCUUUUGGAUAAACUUCUCAAAACUAAACAGUCAUGAUUUUGUUUGAUGCUAUUUGAACAUCGUUAGUCCCAGCAACAUUUCCAAAUUUCUUAUUGCAAAAUCUUAGGAUCGUCUUCUUUAUUUAGGCCUAUUUUAUCUGAUUCAAUU